CUCAUUAGUGCUCUGUUUCUCUGUGCUGUAGGCUGCAACCCGUCAGGAUAUGACCUACUGGCUUCAGGAACUUCAGCAGAAGAGGUGGGAAUAUUGUAACAACCUUGAUGCAGCCAAAAGGGACAGUCGGACUUCUCCUACACCCAGUGACUUUUCCAAAGGUCUUGUUGCCAAAGACAGUCCUGAUUUGAGUAUCCUCAGCCAAAAUGCUUCAGCAGAGAGAGCUAGAAAUAUCCUAGCUGUGGAGACUUCUCCUACAGACCUAGUAGGGGAGCAAGCAGCUUCUCAGCCUGCGCCAGUCCAACCAAGUGCCAUCAAUUUCUCACUUAAACAAUGGAGCACUGAACUCAAGUAAGUUGAUGAUGUGGGAGAAUGAUAGUUGCUGAAAGAGGAAGUUUUCUUUCUUAAAUCCUAUCAAUUUUAAAUGAAUGUAGUUUGAAUUCCUGAGCAUAAGUGUGGUAGGUUCCUUCUGAACAACAGCAAAACCACAUUUUACCUUCUCACUCUUUAGGAGUUCAAUCUUUAGUAUUAAUUGUUCCAAGGAAAGCAGUCCUAGUGGUUUUCAGCUCUCCUACUUGUGACUUCCUUGAUUGUUUUUACACUUUGCUUUGCCAACAUAGGUGAGCCUUCUGCAUCUACUCAAAGGACAUUACAGUAGCAUUACAGAGCAAUUCAUAAAGCUGAGCUGUGGCCUUGGUAACUAGACUGCGUUCCUCUUAAGGUCCCAGGAAUGUUGUUUGCUAUAUCAGUGCUGUGGAGUUAAGCCCUUUUGAAGCUUACCUAUUGAGCAUGGAGAUCUAAAAAGGUCAUAAAGU